CCCAAAUCUAGUUAAGAUUCAUUAUCCUGUGAUACUCUGCACAUAAUCCACAAUCAUUGCUAUAAAUUACAACCAAAAUCACAACAAACUUCACAUGUACUUUCUUUCACACAAUGCUUCAUUUGCACAAACAACAAACCUUCUGUUUUGUCCUUCUUCUGUUUGUGGCAGCGGUCAUAGUAUAUGGCAGAAAAACUGCUGAUGUUAGCUUCCAACAGAACUACAAGGUUGUAUGGGGAAACCGCCAUGUCUUCUUUCUACAACAUGGCAGAGAAGUUCAACUCUCAAUUGAUAAAACUUCAGGGGCUGGCUUCAGAUCAAAAUUGGACUAUGCUUCUGGGUUCUUUCAAAUGAGAAUAAAGAUACCCAACAAGGACUCUAGAGGAGUAGUCACAGCCUUUUAUCUGACUUCAAGGGUGUAUGAACAUAUGGGAGAAAAACAUGAUGAAAUCGACUUUGAAUUCUUGGGAAACAAUGGAGAGCCUCAUAUGUUGCAAACCAAUAUUUUUGCAAAUGAUGAAGGUGGUAGAGAGCAAAGGCAUACUCUCUGGUUUGAUCCCACAAUCGAUUUUCAUUCAUACGGAGUUCUUUGGAACCAACAUCAAAUAGUGUUUUACGUGGAUGAAAUACCAAUUAGGGUUUUUAAGAACAACUCGAAGGUUGGAGUGAGUUUUCCAUGGCAAGAAAUGCACGUUACAGGUAGCAUAUGGAAUGGUGAACCUUGGGCAUCUAAUGGGAAGAGAAUUGACUGGAACCAAGCACCCUUCACUGCUCACUUUCAAGGUUUCAAUAUUCAUGCCUGCAAGACCCCAAACACCAACAAUUUUUUCUGCUAUUCUCCUUUUUUAUGGUGGAAUAAUCACAAACAUUGCCAAUUAAACCCUCUCCAACAAAAGGCAUACCAAUAUGUCACAAAGAAACAUCUCGUCUAUGACUACUGUUCUGAUAGAGGACAAUUGCAUAAAGAAUGUCAAAUUAAUUAGCUAAUUAAUUCAUAAUAUUCUUAAUAAUAUAUAGGUCAAAUAUGUUUGGAGAUUUCUUUUUUUCUUUUACGUACUUCUAAGAAGAAGAAAAAGAAUUUGCUACAAGAUAACAAAUAAACUUAUUGGAAAGUUUAUUGAUAAAUUUUUUCAAAUAAGUAUUAAAUCUUCAAUUAUAAAUAAGAAACAAAAAUAUAGAAAAUAAUAUAUCGCAUAAGGGUGGGGAAAAUUCAAAUUAGAAAUUGGGAGGCUUUUUGCAGUGAAGACAGAAAUAGAGUAAGUUUGUCUCCUGUUGUAAAUAGGAUAUAAGAAGGUAAUCAAAACUUGAGUAUUAAGCAGUAGAAUAAUAAUAUUGUCGUUUGAACUUUAUAAUUUGUAUCCUGGAUUUGUAUUAGAAAUUAGAAUAGAAUACAUCAUGUACUUGUUGACGAUCAGUGUUUGUAAUAGGAGAGUUUAUGAUGUAAAAAAAUACGUUUAAAAAAUAGAGCAAACUUUUAUGAUGAGCAUAACUUAUGAUAAUGUAUC